AUGACCGAGAUUACUCCAUUGUUAAAACAGACAGAUCCAACUACGACUGCAAAAAUUAUUAAUUAUGAUUCUCUAAUAAAUGUAGAAGAUGAACAAAGGAAUCAUCUACAUAUUCCUACGGGAUUAAAAGAUCUUCAAGCAUUAAACAAGUUAUUAGGUGAAACCAUAGAAAGUUAUUACGUCAAUUUAUUAAUUAUUUAUGUGGUCAGUUAUAUUUUUUUACAAACAUUUUCAAUACCAGGUAGUAUGUGGUUAUCAAUAUUAGGAGGUGCACUGUUUGGUUGGUUCAAUGCUCUUUUACUUGUUUGUGUGUGCUCAUCUAUUGGCUCAUCAAAUUGUUUUCUUUUAUCUAAAAAAUAUGGAAGAACAUUAGUAAAGGAUAGAUAUAAUGAAAAAUUGGAUAGAUUGGCAAAUCAAAUACAAUCACAUUCUCGUCAUCUAUUAAACUAUAUUGUCGUGUUGAGACUUUCGCCUUUUCCACCAAAUUGGUUCGCCAAUCUUGCAGCACCACAUCUUGGAAUACCGCUGAAAACAUUUUUCAUUGGAACAUUCUUUGGUGUUGCUCCGCCUUCAUUCAUACAUGUUCAAGCAGGACUAACAAUAAAUAAUAUUACAAAUGAUUCAGAUUUCGAAAUAUUUACAUUUAAAAAUAUAAGUGUUUUAAUAUUAGUAGGUGCUGCUGUACUCUUACCGGUUUGGUAUAGAAAAAAGGUCGAAUCAUGUUCUGAAAAUUCUGAUCUUGAUUCUGAUCUUGAAGAUACAGAAAUAGAACAACAGCAGCAGAAACACAUAGAUUAUUAUAAUAUUGUUUUAUUUUGUAAAUUAUAA